GUCCCGCCCCUGCCAGGAGCUCUCCCGGAAGAUGGCGGCGGCCGCAGAGUUGACGCUGCUGGAGAAGUCCCUGGGGCUGAGUAAAGGGAACAAAUACAGCGCUCAGGGCGAGCGCCAGAUUCCGGUUCUUCAAACAAACAAUGGCCCAAGUCUCACAGGACUGACUACCAUAGCGGCUCAUCUAGUCAAGCAAGCCAACAAAGAAUAUUUGCUUGGGAGCACGGCAGAAGAAAAGGCAAUAGUUCAACAGUGGUUAGAGUACAGGGUCACUCGAGUAGACGGGCACUCCAGCAAGGAUGACAUCCACGCUCUGUUGAAGGAUCUUAAUUCGUAUCUUGAAGAUAAAGUCUACCUUACAGGAUAUAACUUUACCUUAGCAGACAUCCUAUUAUACUAUGGCCUUCAUCGCUUUAUAGUUGACCUGACAGUUCAAGAAAAGGAGAAGUAUCUUAAUGUGUCUCGCUGGUUUUGUCACAUUCAGCAUUAUCCAGGCAUCAGGCAACAUCUGUCUAGUGUUGUCUUCAUCAAGAACAGACUAUAUACGAAUUCCCACUAGAAGACCUCCAUGCUGUACAGAAGAGUGAUUAAAAUAUUUAAAUGGAAAGUGUAUUCGGGACCAGAGGACUAACAUAAAUUGAUAUGCAGUCAUUCUUUAUUUGUUGAAGUUGAUAGAAUUUUUAAAGUAUAAAAUGUGUCCCAAUGUUUGAUUUGCUCUUUAGUUGAAAUUUUUUGCAAUUUUUUUCUGUAAAAAUUCAACUGCUGUCAAAAUUUGAGUUGAGAACAAGUAAUAAAUUACCUUGUUUUUAUAGAUGAAAUUUAUUUUAGUAAAAGUUGCAAAUCAGUGUUUAAUCUUUAAAAAAAUAGUCCUUUCAAUGUUUGACAUAUUUGGCUAUUUAUUGACCUCUUUUUUCGUAUUUUACAAUUCAUUUUCCCCUUAUGGAUAUUUACAGUAGUUUGUUUAUUAAGAACUGUAAUAAACUGUGCCAAGGAUACCGAAAGGGAAGACAGAUGGAUUUGUUUUCAUAUAUUUAUGUGAGCCAGUAAACGUGGUUGAAAAAACCUUUUUGUUUCUUUCUUUCCUUUAGUCAGUAUUCAUUGAGGUGAAACUAACUACUGAACUGCCCUAGAGGGGCCUGGAAUAAGAUGGAGUCCCUGUGUUGAUGGUUCUUCUCUUAUUGUUGGUUUACUGGAAUAUGCAGUAGCUAAAAAGAGAUGGGAAAUUCCCACUGUCCCACUAAUCUUGCACUUGAUAACUACUAGAUUUUUCUGAACUAAAAGCCAUCUCUCAUAGAAGGGCUGCUGUUGAAGCACUAUGUAAAAAGAGACACUUUAUUAACAAAUAUAUACACUUUAUAACUCUUAUGGGCUGAGUGAAUAAGUAAUUAAUUAUUGAGAACUAAAGAGCUUAUAUACUUACAAAUAAUAAGAAAAAUAGUUGUUGAGCACUUUACUGUUUAAUACUAUUUAAUAUUUUGGUGCUGAUGCUGAAUCUAAGUAGUAUACAAUUCAAAAUUCAAGUGGAAAGAGCAGAAACUUGGGAAAUAUACAGCCCUCUGGUUGAGUCCUGCUUUUAUCACUUACUAGCUGUAUGACCCUAAGCAAAUCAGUUAACCAUAUUUUCUUAAUCUGUAAAAAUAAAAAUGAAAUGUAAAAGUAAAGAUAACUGUUCUGAAAAUUAAAGGA